GCAGCAGGAGGCAAUCAGCUCCGGUCGCGCGCGGUGUGUUCGCGGCAGGCAUUUCGCAGAGUUCGGGUGGCGAGACGGAGUCCCAGGGCGCGUGGCGCCCACGCGGGUCGACGUGGGCGCGUGGGGCAUCGGGCUUGCCAGCGAUAGCUCGUUGGAGGCGAAGGCGGAGCUGCCAUCGCUGGCCCCCCCUCCUUGUCGCCACUUCAGCGCCAUCCCGACAACUGUCUUUCGCGCCGAAGUGGCCGAUCUGGCCACUGCCCUUACCGCACCUGCCGCCGCUGGCGCCGCGCGCGCCAACGUUGUUUAGCUCAAGGGGGGUCCAGUCUCGGCGGCUGCAGGCUGGUCGUUGCAGGUGGCAGCGCUGGCCCGCGCGGUGCCGCGAGGAUGGCUGGCGGCCCGGCGGAGAAGCAGCCGAGGCUGGUCGAGGACAGCUCCAUCAAUCGCGUGUCGAGUGCCAUCACACAGAACAAGGCAUUGGGCAGCAUCCAGGCAAGCCUCCAUGGGUGCGGCAUGACCAAGGACGACUUGGGUAAGGCACAGGUGGGCAUCGGCUCAGUGUGGUACCAGGGCAACCCGUGCAACAUGCACCUCCUGUCUUUGGGUUCAGACGUGAAGGAGUCGGUCGACAAGGACCCUAGCAUGUUCGGAAUGCAGUUCAACGUCGUGGGCGUCUCCGACGGUAUGUCUAUGGGUACGAAGGGUAUGACGUAUUCCUUGCCCUCGCGGGAAAUCAUCGCCGACAGCGUUCAGCUGAUGAUGGAGUCCAACUACUACGACGCUCUUGUCACAAUCCCUGGCUGCGACAAAAACAUGCCUGGCUGCGUGAUGGGAAUGUGCAGGGUCAACAAACCGUGCCUUAUGCUGUACGGGGGCACUAUCGCGUCUGGGAAAUCAUGCAAGGGUGACCAGUUGGACAUCGUCUCCACCUUCGAGGCCUACGGCAAGUACGUUGCGGGCAACAUCUCGGACGAGGACCGGCUGGACGUGGUUCGGAACGCUUGCCCAGGGGCCGGAGCCUGCGGCGGCAUGUACACGGCCAACACCAUGGCCACCGCUGUAGAGACGCUGGGCUUGUCGCUGCCUGGUUCGAGCAGCACUCCAGCGCUGGCGCAGGAGAAGCGUGCGGAGUGUCGCCAGGUUGCCUCCGCCAUCAAGAACAUGCUGGAGAAGAACAUCAGACCAAGCGACAUUCUCACGAAGAAGGCUUUCGAGAACUCCAUCGUCAUGGUCAAUGCCACGGGUGGCUCCACCAAUGCGGUGUUGCACCUGCUCGCCAUGGCUGCCCACGCUGGCGUGAACCUCACCAUCGACGACUUCCAGCGCAUCGGCGAGAAGACGCCCAUCCUAGGCGAUUUGAAGCCUAGUGGCAAGUACCUGAUGGAAGCUGUCUUCCGCAUUGGUGGCACCCCUAUCAUACUGAAGUACCUGCUGAAGCUUGGACGGCUUCAUGGCGAUUGCAUGACAUGCACUGGCAGGACUUUGGCGGAGAAUUUGGCAGACGUGCCGGACUUGGAUUUCGAGAGCCAGAGUGUCAUCUUGCCAAUCGAGAGGCCCAUUCAGGCGACGGGAAACAUAAAGGUCAUCAAAGGGAAUCUCGCCCCAGAAGGCGCUGUGGGGAAGAUCACUGGCAAGGAAGGCACCUUCUUCCGAGGACGUGCGAAUGUCUUCGACGGCGAAGAUGCAAUGAUGAAGGGCUUCAGGGAGGGUAAGAUCGGGAAGGGCGACUUCAUCGUCAUUCGCAACGAGGGGCCGCAAGGCGGCCCUGGCAUGCGCGAGAUGCUGCAGCCGACGGGCGCGAUCGUAGGCGCCGGACUAGGCAAACAUGUGGCUCUCAUGACCGACGGCCGCUUCUCGGGCGGCUCGCAUGGCUUCAUCAUCGGUCACGUGUCUCCCGAGGCCCACGUCGGAGGCCCCAUCGGCCUCAUCAAGAAUGGGGAUACGAUCUCCGUCGAUGCCGAGAAGCUCGAACUGAACCUUGAGAUUCCGGAUGAGGAGUUGGCUGCGCGGAAAGCUGCAUGGAAGCAGCCGCCACCGCCAUUCAAGUCGGGUUGGUUGUAUAAGUAUUCCAAGACAGUAUCUUCUGCCAGCUAUGGCUGCCUCACGGAUCGAGAACCAGUCCAGGCAGCUUGAGUACUUGCAGCAUGGUUUUGGUGUAGAGUUUCUUAGGGUGGAGCCCCUGGCUGUGGCAGAGCUCUGGCAGAGCGCGUCGCAUUUGCGCAGUUUCAAAAUAUGUUGUCGUCGUCGAUGGUCCCUUGCACGACUCCAGCAAAAUACGCC